AUGGCAAUGGAGAAGAUUCUCAACAAGCUUGCCGCACCAGUUUGCCGGGACCAGAACAUGGUCGCAUGUGAACCAAACCUCGCUGAAUACCAGAGAGAGCUUGACUAUGCCCUCAUAGAGGCUGCCAAAGCGGACGCUCAUUCAUCUGAAGUGAUGAAGUUCCUUCUCGAAGCUGGUGCGGAUAUUGACAGUGAGACGAAUUCCCACAUCGUCGCACAAGCUUGGUACAAUGCUCUUGACGAAGAAGUCCCGAGUCUUUUCAGAUCAAAAGUGGAAUUCCUCAUUCGACAUGGCGUCGAUCUUUAUCCUGAAAACACUUCAUCGUUCCUGCCGGUACGCGACCGAUGGAAGCUCGUCUAUACCUAA